AUGAUGGUCACACAGACCAAAUUCAAUUCAUUGAUCGGUUUCCUCCGCAUCGGCGACAUUGUGGGGCUACAGAAGUUCAUACCAGCGGACUUCGACUGGUCUCAGAAGGGAGGGCCGGAAGACGUGACGCUACUGCAUUAUGCGGUUCUGUGUUUGGGUGAAGAAAACCCCGGUGAAAAGCACCUGAAGACCAUGGAGUGGAUGCUGCGUUCGGGGGCAGAUCCAGAGCACGAGCUUCCACAAAAACAUCCCCAGUGUUACCUGAUUUGGAAGAGGAAGAACAAGAGAGGCACAACGAUUGAGAUUCCCUAUGCUGGACAUUCGGCAACAUCACUGGCCUUCGCUUGGCUUGAAGCUCUGGAGACCAGCGAAGAGGAAUGGACCGUCGAGCGUGAAUAUCUGAAAAAUGUUGUCUCGCUAAUUGCGAGGAUUCCCUCCCUGCACCGCAAGAAGGUCGCAGUCGCCGAGGGCGUCGUUGAUUUAUGGGAAUCAGUCCUGAACAUGUCUACUACGCACAAUGUGACCUUGGAGACUGCGGAUGGUAAUGUGACGGCGCACGAUCACGUUCUGAUGGCAGCCUCGCCUGUCCUGGAAGCCAUGCUGCAGUCCGCGAUGAAGGAGGGCGUCCACAAGCACAUCUCAGUCACAGACUCUUCGGGAACCAGCGUUGCCCUUUUCCUCGAGGUGUUGUACACCAGUUCGAUGAGAGGCAGCCCCAGUCACUUGACCAUGCUGGCAGCGCUGGACCUAGCACAUCGCUGGCAAGUGACCACCGUCGUCCAACAGCUCGCCGAUGUUCUGCUGGAGAUGAUCACUGUCGACAGUUUCGUGGCCAUUGCCGCAGCUGCUGUGCUGAAGGGGCUCAGCUCUUUGACCCGAGCCUGCAGCGUUUUCGGUGCAAAGAGUCCCCAAGUCCAAGCCAUGUUGAAGAAGGGAUCGCUUCCCACCGCUGUGCGCACACUCCUCCAGCCAGAUUCUGCGAAAUCCUUAGAAACAGCCAAGAAGAAGCGACGCACCGUUUGA